ACCUUUUUGGUCCUUAUAACGGUACAGCCCCAAGCACUUUAGCAUCAAAACACACAAAAACAUUUUUCUAAGUUGGUGUUCUGAACUCCCACUUUUAGAGGUUCUUCCAAACACUUCAAUCAAAAUUAACAAUGGCCUCCUCGGCUCCAGACAAGAACAACAACAACGAUCAUGAAACUGCUAUCGUGGGGUUGAAUGCCACUGAAUCACCAGGACAGUGGAAAGACCUCAUGGAGCCUGGUGGAGAUGCUGAUCAUGGUGAUGAUGAUGAUGAUGAUCACAAAAAGAGCUCUCCAGGUUCUCCCAAACACUUCAAAAAUUCAAGCAUUUGCUCCUCAACAGCCACCAUUGAGACCUGCAAGGCUGAGGACCAAGUGCUCGACGUUGUGCUCGAGAAAAACAGCCCUGCUGAUAGGUCUCAGUGGGUUCUGAAUGCUCCUGAACCUCCAGGUCUGUGGCACGAAAUCAUGGACUCUGUGAAGGAAACCAUUUCAUCUUGUGGAAGCAAGUACUCGUCUCUCAUGGAUCAGCCUUUAAACAAAAGAGUAUUUUCUGUCCAUCAGCAGAUAUUUCCUAUCCUUGUCUGGGGCCGGAAUUACAGCGCAACUAAAUUCAAGCACGAUUUAAUGGCCGGUUUAACUAUUGCCAGCCUCUGCAUUCCUCAGAGUAUCGGAUAUGCUACUUUAGCAAAGCUUGACCCUCAGUACGGCCUCUAUACAAGUGUUGUACCUCCGCUUAUCUAUGCUCUAAUGGGGACUUCAAGAGACAUAGCAAUUGGACCAGUUGCUGUGGUUUCACUGCUUUUGCCUUCAAUGCUUCAGAAGCUACAAGAUCCAGGAGUUGAUCCAAUUUCUUAUAGAAAGCUUGUUUUGACUGCAACUUUCUUCGCCGGUAUCUUUCAAUCUGCUUUUGGACUCUUCCGAUUGGGAUUUCUUGUGGAUUUCCUUUCCCAUGCUGCUACAGUAGGAUUUAUGGCUGGUGCAGCCAUUAUUAUUGGUCUUCAGCAGCUGAAAGGACUACUUGGAAUCUCUCACUUUACGAACAGAACAGAUAUUAUCUCUGUCAUGAAAGCUGUUUGGACAUCACUUCAUCACCCCUGGAGUCCUUAUAAUUCCGUCCUUGGUUGCUUGUUCCUGUGUUUGAUCCUAAUUUGUAGAUUUGUGGGUAAAAAGAACAAGAAAUUUUUCUGGUUGUCAGCCAUUGCUCCUCUUGUUUCUGUGAUACUUUCGACCCUUUCCGUGUUUCUAGUGAGAGCUGAUAAACAUGGGGUCAAGAUUGUGAAACAUAUCAAAGGUGGAUUGAAUCCUAGCUCGGUUCAUGAGCUAGAACUCAAAGGUCCCUUUGUUGGAGAGGUGGCUAAAAUUGGACUAAUUGUUGCUGUUGUGGCACUCACGGAAGCAAUUGCUGUAGGAAGGUCGUUUGCAGCUAUGAAAAAUUACCAGCUCGACGGAAACAAAGAAAUGGUAGCUAUGGGGUUUAUGAACAUUAUUGGAUCUUUCACUUCUUGCUAUGUUGCAACCGGCUCAUUUUCUCGGACCGCUGUAAACUACAGCGCAGGCUGUGAAACAUUGGUGUCAAACAUCGUGAUGGCAAUUACAGUUCUGGCAUCGUUGGAACUAUUCACGAAGCUCUUGUAUUACACUCCAACAGCAAUUCUUGCAUCCAUAAUUCUGUCUGCUAUUCCAGGGCUCAUCAACCUCAAUGAAAUCUACCAUAUUUGGAAGGUUGAUAAGUCGGACUUCCUUGCUUGCAUUGGAGCUUUCUUGGGAGUUCUAUUUGCGUCUGUGGAGAUUGGUCUAAUGGUUGCGGUGACAAUAUCAUUCGCAAAGGUUGUUAUAAUCUCGAUUAUACCAGGAACAGAAACUUUGGGAAAACUUCCUGGAACUGACACGUUUUGUGAUAUUGAACAAUAUCCAAUGGCUAUCCAAUUUCCUGGGAUUAUGAUAAUCCGUGUCAAGUCUGCCUUGCUUUGUUUCGCUAAUGCCAGUUUCGUCAGAGAGAGGAUUGUGAGAUGGAUAUCAGAGGAGAUGAAAGCAAAUGGCAAAAAGGACAUUGGCCUCCUUAUUCUCGAAAUGUCUAAUUUGAUGAACAUAGAUACAUCAGGAAUUGCUUCUCUGGAGAAUUUGCAUAAGAAUUUGAUCUCACAAGGAAUCGAGUUAGCCAUUUCGAAUCCAAGAUGGCAAGUGAUUCACAAGCUAAAGCUAGCCAACUUCGUGAGUAAAAUUGGUGGAAGAGUCUUCUUGACUGUUGGAGAAGCUGUGGAUGCAAGUUUUACUUCUAAGAUUGUCACCACUUGCUAAUUUUAUGCAUAUGCUACAUAAUUAUUAUAAUACCCAGCGAAAAGGGUUUAUUAAUUACUUAUUAAUCUGGGUGUGUUUCACGUGGUGGUCCAGUCCCAUCCUAAUUAUGUAAAUAUAAGGGGGACUAAAAUAAAUAAAAUGAAAUGAUGGUUCUGAAAAGUUAGACUGAGCAAUUCAGACCACAUAAAAAGGCGUUUGGUAGCCUCAGUAGCUUCAGUCUGUCUGUGUGCCAAUGUGGCUUUGCCUUUUCUCUAUGUCGCAAAAAUCUAUUGUGCUCCCAGAGCACUAGAGACGAACUCCUGUGAGUCUAUGUAUUAAAUUAGACCUUUGUGUUAUGUUUUAAAUUUCGAAUAAUAUGAGACAUGUCAAAAAGUUUAAUU